GGCAAAGGACAUUAUAUUUGCAGAUUGAACCGUUCAGAGUCAGACUCGUCAAUGGCGCAGUACGCGCGGCGCGGCUCCCUGCAGCCUCCCGCCCGCAUACCCUUCGACAGGAGCGUGCGCGAGCGCAGGUCUCUCAGAUGGGGUCGCGUGCGAGGUGGUCGUGCGUCUCGCGGGGGAGGCGGAGGAGGCGCGCGCACCUCCCUGGACCUGACGCUGGACCUGCGCGCGCAGCACGCUCGCCUCGCCGACCUCAGGGCGGAGAUAGCCACACUCGCACAGCUCAAAAAGAGGCUGGAGGAGGCGUGUAGCGGCGGCGACGCGGGCGUGGCGCGGUGG